AUUUCAUCAGUCUACGACGAUCUACUCGUGAAGACACUGUGCUCUCUCCAGUCCCUCGUACAAUCUUCUUGAUUUUUUUCGCCCACCUCGACUCGAAAUUUGUGGAUUUACUCCCCUUCGCUCUUUAUCCAUUUCGAUAGCAAAUCAGCUCGUCAAUUCCCUCCAAAAAAAAAAAAAAGAUGGCCAUCUCUCGCAGUGCAGCAUUCGUUCUAGUGUUGAUGAUCGGAGCGGCGUGCGGCGCCACGCUCAGCGGCAACACCAAGCCCAUCAAUGGCAAGCCUUCCUUGAUGGCUAUCGCCAAGCAGGUCUUUGCCGAUCGGGAAGGAGCCGCCGUUGAGCGACAGGCCGUCGAACAGGACAGCUACUUGGAGGCUCUCGAAUACUCUCAGAACUCGGCUGCUCUCCAAGGCGAAUCUGGCGGUAUUGGCGGUUUCUUUCGCUCCAUCCAGUCUGCCGUCUCUGAUGCUGGUCUCAGCCGCGCUGGAAUCGCCGCCGCUGCCGUCGCCGUCCCCUUAGUCGCCAUCGGUGGUCUUGCCUUGUUGAGCCCCUUGGCCCUCGGCCGUAAGAAGCGUGACCUCGAUUCCGACGACAGCAAACCAGAUGCCGUCGAUCGUCUCCGCGCUCGCGUUUCCGACAUCUACACCGACGUCGUCUCCUCCGACGAGUGCAUUGAGCGAUUGGUCUGCGAGUUGGGCGGUGCCGCCAAGAACAUCUACUACAAGGACUCCGUCAUCCGCGUGAUGAACUACUUCGCCCCUGCUUCUUACAAGAAGUACUUGACCACAUUGAAGAGCGCCGCUUACACCGGUGAUGUCUCCAAGUGCCGGCUCAUCAAGUGCCACCCAAUCGGCUUGUAAAGCAAAAAACAACAACAACAACAACAA